AUGAGUGACACUUCUGUAGAAUUGGAUGAACAGCGUCGAGUAUAUGAUAAUUUCUAUGGCGAAGGAGGAUUUUCAAAGACUGAUCCUUCUGAUUCAAAAAAAUGUGUUCUCAUAUCUCAGGAUUGGUUUAAUAAAUGGGUUUCAUACAUUGGACGAUGUCGGCCCGAACAAUUAAACUGCCAAAGUCCUUCCAUAGAUGACUGUGGCCCUGGUCCUGUGAAUUUUUCUCGGAUUAUGGAAAACGGCAAACUCAAAAGUAAUCUUCUUCUCGAUGUUGACGUGAAGGCCAUAACAGAAGACCUAUUUAAUAAUCUCUCAAGAUGGUAUGGUAUCGACGGUCUAUCUAGUGACAUUCCUUGGCGCGAUAUUUACAAGACGGAUAAAAAUGAAUAUACUUUUGAUCUUUACCCUCCUUCAAUUAAACUUGUUUCUCGUGAAAAUUAUGCCAAUUUCGUCCUCAAUUGUCAUUCCCACAAAACUAUAGGUUUUGUCAAAUCCUGUAUUAGGAAGAAAAAUAAUCUCGAAAAUGAGACAGAAAUACAUCUUUGGGAUGCACAAGACAAGGACGAAUUAACUGAUGAUGAAACUGUAACGUUAAAAGAAUGUAGUCUCGUGGGUGAUAAG